GAAGCAGCGAGGAACUUGAACAACAAACUUGCGAGGACUGGUUCAUUCGGUGAUUCCAUUUUAUCUCGAUUGAGCCACACCGUACGGGCACAAACUUACCUGACACCGGGAGAGAAUCGCUGCUGCCUGUCGCCCGGAGUUUUAAUAGCGCCGAUCCUCUCAUUCCUCUCACUAUGGGCUGUGGUGUUGUUACACUGGGAUUUAUCAUUCUUUGUCUUCACUUUGGGCACGUUUCAGGCACUUCAUUGAAACCUGUUACUAACGUAAAGUGGAAAUCAUUCAAUUUUUUCACAAUACUAGAAUGGGAAAAGACUUCGGAAAAUGCAAUGUACACAGUGAGAUUGUCCAGCACGAAUUCUGACUGGAAGAAAAAGCCUGAAUGUACCAUGGUUACAGCCACGAGCUGUGAUCUAACCAGCCUGAUGCAGGACGUAAAUGCCAGCUAUUCUGCAGAGGUGCAAUCCUACAAUACCGACAACACAGGGGGAAUAGAAGAACCUCCUUUUGCCAGAUCUCCCAAAAUCCAGCUUUUGAAGGAUACUCAGAUUGGACAAGCCACGUUCAACAUCACCAAAAAGAAUGAAACUAAAAUUCAGCUGACAAUAACAGAUCCAAUAACCUACAUCAAAUUUCCAAAUAACACUCGAAAAACACUCCGGGAUAUCUAUGGAUCUGAACUUGAAUACAGAAUGGUUUAUUGGAAGGACGGUACAAGUGGCAAGAAAAAGGAAACUGUAAAAGGUCAAGUGAUAGUGAUGGAAAUUGAGCCAGCUUACAGUUACUGCUUCUCCAUUCAGCCUCAUAUCAGAUUACCAUACAAGGAAGGCCAAAAAAGUCUUGACAAAUGCAUACACGCCAACAAAAGCUUCACUACAGAGUAUGGCUUUGGUAUGCUUGCCUUGAUCGGACUCGGAGCACUGCUGCUUCUCAGCAUAAUUAUUGUGAUAACGGUGUACUUGUGCCGACGCAAGACUGUUACAAAUGUACCUGAAACCGAUCCCUUGAAAGCCUAGGCACAGCGUGGAAGAGUGUGUGUGUGUCCUUAACAGCUCUGUUCCAUGAGCUGGUGGGUGAAGCUUCUCUUAAACUGAGGGUCAGAAGCAAAAUGAUUCUUCUGCAAUUGUACCUUACGGUUACGACUGAACAUUCACAGGUGAAUGGAGGAUCCAUAGAUUCGUUUCUGUGAAACAAUAGGACUUACCCAGGUACUAAACACCUGCAGAAUGGUUCCUCUCAUUUUCUAAAGCACUACUUCGCAGACUGUCAAUGAUUGAUGAGGCACUUUCAUUUAUAUUUCUCUUUUGGUUUCUGGGUGAUACUAUGAUGCUGUGAAAUUAUAGAUGUUGUAAAUGUAUUUAAUAACUAAAUUGCAAAUAUUUUUCUUUCUACUGAUGGGCACCUUAAGGAAUCUUGUGUAUAUUGGGGUUUAUUUAUCUUGCAUAUCUUUCAAAGGGAAAUAUAUAUUUUGUAUGAGUAUUCUUAAUUUUUUUAGUAAAAAUAAACUGAGUACUUAAUAAAUGAUGGUGAUGGCAGCUUUGAAA